GACGUCACAGGGGUUAAAACGGUAGUAGCGCUUCCCCUUCACCAAGGACGCAAAUACGACAAUCCUUAAAAAACAUAAAAACCAUUUAAAUAAUAAUUUGUUUGAGAAAUGUGUUUGUGUUGCGAAUGUAAAGGUGAGGCAUUCUGAGUUUACUGUCCUGGACAAUUUCCACUGCUGGUAAAGGUAAACAUGCGAAGCAACACAGUACAUUUAAAUUUAAAAAAUUAAACAAAUCCACUAAAAAUGGUUGAGGAAAUAACCCAAGUACCAGAUGGGCACAGUUACUCGAAAUUAGUUGGAAGGGCGAGAGUGAAAAGACAAAGUGAUGGAUUUUCCGCAUCCCGGGCGGCAUAUGGAAAUAUUCCACCUCCGGUAGACGCUUUUAAUGUUAUUUAUUUGUCUUUUGUUUUGGGAGGAAUGGGAUUUCUGCUUCCUUAUAACAGCUUUAUAAUGGCAAUGGAUUACUUUAAAAUGAGAUAUCCGUUGACCCCAGUAGUUUUUGAUAUGUCUUUGGUGUACAUCGUAGUGGCGCUAUUAACAGUGUUAACCAACAACUUACUUGUGGAGACUUUCUCUUUAAAUUCUAGGAUAAAUUUUGGAUACAUUAUGUCGUUUGUAACCCUAAUAUUCGUUGUGGUUUGUGAAGUAUGGUGGGAAGCAUGGGGAACAGCAACCUCUUAUACUGUUAAUUUGGCUGCUGUAGCUGUUGUGUCUGUAGGAUGCACCGUUCAACAGUCGAGUUUUUACGGAUAUACUAGCAUGCUUCCGCCCAAGUAUACCCAAGCCGUUAUGGUGGGAGAAAGUACAUCAGGGGUUUUUACAUCCAUUGUCAGAGUAAUAACGAAAUUUAUUGUAAACGAAUUGCGGGGCAGCACCGUCUACUUCUUUACGGUUUCUGUGUCUACGGUGCUCACAUGUUUUGCAAUGUACCAUUUGAUUAGACGAUCGGAUUUUAUUCAAUUUUACAUUGCGCUAUGCGAAAGGGGAAAAACUAGGAUUACUUUGGAGCCAACCGAAGAUGCUGGAUUGAUAGAAACAAACGACACCCAGUAUGGAAUUUUGAAAAUACAAACAAGCCCUCCACCAACGGGUAACCAACUGAGUUUUGCCAACCCAGCCUACGAACCCUCAGCGCCAGUACCCACAUAUAAAGUAGAAGAUGUUGUGGUGAGAGGCCGUCAUACUGUAACAACCAGCAGUGUUGGACUAAGCGCCCUAAAAAGAGGUAUUCAGGCUCGAUGGGAAGUAACCAAAGCCACCUACCCUUACAUGAUAUCCAUCUGUUUGGUCUAUUUUGCUACGCUUUGUAUUUAUCCAGGGGUUGCUUCUGAGGUAGUAAGCUGCACACUCGGCUCAUGGAUGCCUAUCUUGAUGAUGGCCCUGUUUAAUGCUUCGGAUCUGAUAGGAAAAAUGAUUGCAAGUGGUGCACGAUACUGGACCGGCACACGUUUAGUGAAAGGCUCAAUAAUGCGCCUAAUUUUAAUACCCCUAAUGAUAAUGUGCGUCGCUCCCAGGCACAGCCCUCGGUUUUCUGCUGAGAUAACUGCAUUUUUAUAUUCCGUGAUGCUCGGACUGAGCAACGGUAUUUUAGGGAGCGUGCCUAUGAUCCAAGCUCCUACGAAAGUCGACGAUCGACACAGAGAGCUUACUGGUAACAUGAUGACUUUGAUGUACAUGUUCGGCUUGGCUGCUGGUUCUUUAGUGGCAUAUUCGAUAGAGAACGCGUUAGGGCCGAUAGAAGACCAUCCAUGUUCUCCAGUAAGGGUUCUGGUCUAUCCAAGCGUCUCGGCUUCAAGUCUAGAUGGUUUAUUUAUGCCAGGAUCAACUACAUCCACUCGGUUUUUAUCUACUCUAAUAUCUACUACAACCCCAAAUUUAGGGACAAUUAUCGAUGCGGCAAAUGUGACGGAAACCAGCCUGCUUUAACUAAUUGGAGUUUUAACAGAUUACCUAACAACAUCUGAAUAAAGGGAUCCUUCCACUUCUUUUUUAGCAGUUUUACACACAGGGAUUCUUAAAUAAUGAUAACAUUUAGACAAAUUUAUCCAUCUAUUCCUCUAAGCUUAGAUUAGGUCCAAUUCGACUGAUUACUGGAAAUAUAUAAUUACAUGUCAUUAAAAAAUGGUGUAUCAGAAGUGAUGAGUGAUUGAUUAUUGGUGCUAGGUUAAAAUGGAAAAUCGAAGACGGUAAUAUUGUUUAAUACUAAAUAAUAAUAACAAAUUUGAAUGCCACCAG